AUGAGAUUUAUAACGGAUUCGUUGUCAUGUUGUUCCGCACGACUUGGCGUGUUGACUGGCAUUGACAGGCUGCCGAAUGUAUCUUUUGAAACCCCAAUGCUCCUUCUGUACACGAGGAGAGGAAGUGUACCUCACUUGACAAAGGACGUACUUAAAAAGUUGACAGCAGAACAGCAAUUUUUGCUCACCAACUUGCCUUCGACUAUUUUAAUGACGGAUUGCGUUAAGCAAUUUGAUUCUUUUGGUGAAUUCGUGGGCCUUCAAGAAUAUCCAUUUUUCUUGGGCAUUCAAGACCCAUCGGAGCAAGUUGAAAAAGCUCACCACAGAAAUGGUUCCGUAUCAGUAUGGUCUAGGAAUGGUAGAACCACUGUUACUCCUGACAAGUACAUGGACUUGGUGGAAAAUUUCAAACCUGAUGUGUAUGUCACGUUGUUCGAUGGAGACACAGACAAAGACAGUAGCCAAAAAAGAAUAAAUAAAAGCUUAUGCACAAGCAAAAACUUAUUUUCUGCGUGCUACAAGAAGCACCAAGAGUCUGAUGUAUUAAGAAAUAAAGGUUUCUUAGGAGCUGUUGUAGGUGGGUACAACCUUCAGGCUAGAGCAGAGUCCAUUAAGCACAUGGAAGGCAAAGAACUUCUGGGAUGCGUGAUUGAUGCGUUGCAUAGAAAUGGAAUUGAAACUCAAGGGAUCACCAUUGAUCAAGUAAAACCUGUUAUCGAACAUUCCCUUAACUUGUUACCAGUUGACAAAUUGCGCGUUUUAAAUGGAUGUUGGAAUCCAUCUACUAUUUUAGAUUUAGUUAAUUUAGGUAUCGACGUAUUUGAUUCAUCGUAUGCUUUCCUUAUGACUGAGGAAAAAAAAUCAUUGACAUUUUUAUGUGAUGAUUGUGAAAGUUGCAUGAGAGUAGAAAGAAGGUUCAUGGUAGACUUGAGUGAAAAAAGAUAUAAGGAAGACUUUGAUCCCAUUUGCAAAUCUUGCACAUGUUUAACUUGUAAGAAUCACACGAAAGCAUACAUCCAUCACUUGAUACAUACCAAAGAAUUGUUAUCACUAGUACUUCUUAUGAUACACAAUACACAUCUGUACAUUGAAUUCUUUAAACAAAUUCGACAAAGUAUAAAAGAUGGUACUUUUGAUGAAUAUCGAAAUAAAAUACAUUCUAGGUUUUUACAAAUGACUGAAAAUUCUUGAUUG